AUGCCUUCCACUUACAAUAAAGACAAGCCUUGGGACACUCCCGAUAUCGACAAAUGGAAGAUCGAGACUUUUAAACCAGAAGAUAAUGCUUCGGGAUCCCCCUUCCUUGAAGAAUCUUCGUUUAUGACGCUUUUUCCUAAAUACAGAGAAGAAUACCUCAGACAAAUAUGGGGAGACGUCACCAAAGCCUUGAACAAACAUCAAAUUGCCUGUACUUUGGACCUCAUUGAAGGUUCUAUGACGGUCAAGACCACAAGAAAGACGUUCGAUCCAGCAGCCAUUUUGAACGCAAGAGACCUAAUCAAGCUGCUUGCACGGUCUGUUCCUUUCCCGCAAGCUGUCAAGAUUCUGGACGACGACACAGCUUGUGAAAUCAUCAAGAUUGGAAACAUUGUUCCUAGUAAAGAGAGAUUUAUCAAAAGAAGACAAAGACUUAUUGGUCCUAACGGUAACACGCUGAAAGCGUUGGAGCUUUUAACGGAGUGUUAUAUGCUUGUUCAAGGUAACACUGUGGCCGUUAUGGGUCCUCACAAGGGACUGAAGUUGCUCAGAAGAGUCAUCGAAGACUGUAUGAAGAACAUUCAUCCAAUUUACCACAUUAAGGAGCUGAUGGUCAAGAGAGAGCUGGCCAAGAGACCAGAGCUUGCAGAAGAAGACUGGUCCAGAUUCCUUCCAAACUUCAAGAAACGGAACGUCGCACGUAAGAAGCCUAAGAAGGUCACCGAGAAGAAGGUGUACACACCAUUCCCUCCAACGCAAACUCCUCGUAAGGUUGAUUUGCAGAUUGAGUCUGGUGAGUAUUUCUUGGGUAAGAAGGAGAAGAAGGUCAAGGAACUCCAGGAGAAGAAGCAGAAGCAGGACGAGAUGAAGGAGAUCAAGCAGCAAGAAAGGUCAAAGGACUAUGUUGCUCCAGAAGAAGAGGUGAGAGAAAACAAACUCCUUGCGAAGAAGAGUAAGAAAGAUAAGAAGCGUAAGAGCGACGACGAGCACGGAGACUCAAAGAAAAAGAGAACCAAGGAUUAG